CUCCUCCGUAAAGGCUCGACGCUAUCCCCAUCUCGUCGCCUCGAGUGUCACGGACUCUCCGAGCCACUCAAAGCUCCCACAUGACAUCGCACUUUUCGCGCCGCGCGCUUUAAAAAGCCCCGCACGCCGUCCGCUUCGUCCACAAGAAACACUCGCCGCUGCCGCUGCUGCUGUGCUUGCGACACGAGAGGCUCUUCUCGCUCGCCCCCUCCUCUCGGCUGUUUGUCCUCUCGGCAUUUUAUUCGUAUCGUCGUUGUUGUGGUUGUUAUUAUUAUUAUUGUUUCGGUGACUUCGUAGUGUCGCUCUGUCAUCACCGCUGUCAAACUCUGCAUCGGCAAUGCCAGCGGUGGCGCACCUGGCGAUAUGCGCGGCGCUCCUGUUGGUGAACGCGCGUGCCGAAAAACUCUUCCACGACCGCGACCACGGCGAUAUCCAGCAGACUCCGGACAACGAAGCCGACCCCAUCGACGACACGGAGUCCGUGCAGCAAUACCUGCUCAAGUACGGCUGGGUGAAGCCCGUCAAUUGGAAAGCGAUUGAGUACGAGAACGUGUCCAUUCCGCUGAACGAUGACCCGGCUCCCAGCAACGUGAUCGACUCGUUGUCCGAGGGGGACACCGUGAGCCGUGACAAGGUGGAGGAGACGAAGGCCGACCCAACCCAAUCCCCGUACCUCGUGGCUGCUCUCAAGAACUUCCAGGCCGCCAAUGGGCUCCCCCAGACAGGGCAGCUCGACGAUGAGACCAAAGCGGCCAUGAACAAACCUCGCUGCGGCGUGCCAGAUAAGCAGGCGCGCAAUAACAACAACAGCAACAGCAGCAGCAGCACGAGGCCCGUGAACGAAACCCAAUUUAGCGACUACAACAGCCGCAACAACAACAUCAGCAACAGCAACAACUCGAGGAGUGAUGGAGCAACAACCGCUUCUCGGGGACUGCUGGCUGACCUGGUGACCCACGCCCGGUCCCGUAGGGCCGUGGUGGUGGAUACCCCUCUCAACCCGGGCCUGGCGUUCUCCAAAAGCAACCUCAAGUGGCGCCUCAUAGGCGAAGGGUACAGCUCACAGUUCACCACGGAGGAGCAGAGGUUCAUCGUCAGGCUGGCGUUCCGCAUGUGGAGCGAGGUCAUUCCGCUCAUAUUCGAGGAAGACCUCAAGUCGCCCUCCUCAGACAUCGACAUCAAGUUGGGAUUCGGAACAGGGCGUCACCUGGGCUGCUCCCAGGUGUUUGACGGCAGCGGGCAGGAGUUCGCCCACGCGUGGCACCUCGGAGACGUCCACUUUGACGACGACGAGCAGUUCAGCACCCCGCGGAGCGAGCAGGGCAUCAGCCUGCUCAAGGUGGCGGUGCACGAGAUUGGCCACGUGUUGGGCUUGCCGCAUCUGACGCGCCAGGGCUCCAUCAUGCAGCCCAACUACAUCCCGCAGGACAACGGCUUCGAGCUGGAGUGGCUCGACAGGAAGGCCAUCCAACAGAUAUACGGUGUGUGCGACGGCUCCUUCUCCACCGUCUUCGACUGGGUGCGCCAGGAACGCAACCAGCUGGGCGUGCUGGUCACGCGCUUCAACACCUACUUCUUCCGCGACCGCUGGUACUGGAUGUACGAGAACCGCAACAACCGCACGCGCUUCGGCGACCCCAUCGCCCUGUCCGUGGGCUGGCGAGGCAUCCCCGACUCGGCGAUCGACGCCUACGUGCACGUGUGGACGUGGAACAUCAACGCCGCCUACUUCUUCAAAGGAACCCAAUACUGGCGGUACGACAACGCCAACGACCGCGUGUACACAGUGGACCCGCAGGGCGUCAGCUACCCCAAGCUCAUCUCGGACGGGUUCCCCAACGUGCCCAACCCCGUCAACACCGCCUUCUACGACCGCCGCGACUACAACAUCUACUUCUUCAAGAACAAUGACGUCACGGCGUUCAACGUGAACACCCAGCAGAAGGUGAGCGGCUACCCCAAGCGAGUGACGGACGUCUUCCCGGCCGUGGUCGCGGGCGACCACCCCGGGGGCAACCUGGACGCGGUGUACUACUCGUACACGCACAUGGCCAUCUUCUUCUUCAAGGGGGACUACUUCUGGAAGGUGGUGGACGACCGCGACCGCCAGGCCAACCCGGCGCUGCCGUACAACGGGCUGUUGGCGCGCCGGCGCGUGUCCGACCAGUGGUUCGACAUCUGCGACGUUCACAUAAGCAUGCUUACCAGCGCGAGCAAGUGAGGCCACCGUGCGAAGGACGGCAGGAGUAAGCGCAGAGGCGUCCGUGCGUGUGCGUGUUUCAGCGCCCAAUGCUGGGUUAAAAAGAGGCCGAGACAGGCUUGGAAUGAUGGAAAUUGAUGUGAUGUAGAUUCGAUUUUUUUCUUGGGAAAGUACAAUUUUGGAAGAAUUUGUUUUUUCCGCAUUGUUCUUAUUCAUCUAUGAGAGCCUCCUUGAGCAUUUCAGGAGGGGUCCUGCAACGGUCCGCAGUGGUAGUCUGCGGGUUUAGUUUUACAUGUGGAAAAUGUAGACCGUGACGCUGACACUGAUGGCCGAUUUGUUGUUUAGACGACGUCGGGGCAUCUGUAACAUCCACUGGGAGAAGCCGGCGGCGCACAUUCUUACGGUUUAUACACCCGCAGUGUUAACCAGGGUGGCCGCGGGGAUUGAACGGAAUUGCGUAAACACCAAGCUGUUGCGCUGUAAACUUUUUUGGGUUUUUUACUUUGGCGACAUUUCGUUAAAGCUUGCAAAUGCGGACAGCACAAGAAUAAACGCAUAAACAAGUUAUUGAAUGAUAAGAGGCGUGGGAUAAAACAAAAAUCAAAGCAAACAUUUAUUCAGAUAAUCCAAAUAUUGGUUUUGUUACGGUAUAUUUAUCAAGGAACUAAUUUAAUGUUUUCCAAAAUUCUGAUUUAUAAUCCCCGCGGCGAAAUGAAAUGGGUGUACAAUUAUCGCAUUACACUUCAACGGUGUUGUUGACUUUAUAUGGAUUUACUGCUGUAGGUUGAGCUUACAAUAAUAUAUAUGCUCUUUAUAGUUUUUCAAUAAAGGGACCGCAUUGGACUGGAACCAAAUGCCAUGAGUAAAAUGUCCUUUCGUUAAAAACUUGUUGACGUAAAAGAGCAAGAGAGUGGGUGAGGCCUUCAAUGCUCUUUUGAUCGAGUACUUUUUGUACAGCUUACGCGCGGGGAGAUCCUGCACGGACAGCAGCACACUUUGUUGUGUUGACCCUCAGCUGAGCAUCGCCAAAGCAACGAUAAUUUAUUACGAAAUGCUUAUUUUCUGUGUGUUUUUUACUUUUUACCGACGAGCACUUUUUUUGUUGGCGUGAUUGUUUUUCGGGUGGUUUAUCAAAGGUGAAAUAAUAUUGAAAUUUAAAAAAAGAAAACGGGUUAUCUUUCGCUUCUUCUUGUUCCACGGUGCACGCUUCACAGCGUACGUUGGUUCGGCGACUCUCCAUGCGAAGCACGGUACUUUCUCAGGCACUGUCUCUUGAGGCAAUAUCAGUAUGUUGAAAGAAAAAAUAAUCUGAACGCAGCAAGGUACAACGUCUCAUGUCCGAUCGUCGCAUAUCCGCUCUGUCCAAUUAUUGUUCACGCUCAGCGCGUUAUUCGUGAUUGGUGAAACUCUCAUUUCUAUAAGGAUGUUCACAAACCUGACCUUUGCACAGUCAUUCAUAUAUAUGUACGUGUAACCUCGCGUAAAUCGGCUCACUUCUGAAGCAAAGUCAGGCGUUUUCCUCACGUUGAAAGCGGUAUGUGCUCCACUGCAUUUUCGUCCUCUACCUUACAAAGACGGUGGUCACCGCAUCGCGCUCUUUCAGAUGCGCUUCUGGGGCCGUCUGGAAUGCUCUUCCUUCCGAUAUUAGGAAGCCUGCUGGAAAUAUUCACUUUAAAAGCUAGCUUGAACACUAAUUUCUUUAGAACUGAUUUUGCGGGGUUAGUUUGCUGUCCUUCCCCCGCACCUCUGAUUAGCACGGUCGGAUAUGAUCCUCAUGGUGGUACCCCGGGGUACCAAAUAAUACAAAA